AUGGCAGCAGAAAAAUCCACAAUGAAAGCCUGGCUAUACAGCGACACAACGAACGGCCUCGAGCACAACCUCACCUUCACCCUCGAAGCCCGCACCCCACCAGCACUCCGUAACGACGAUGUCCUAAUCAAAGUCCUCUCAGCAUCCCUAAACCCAGCGGACUACAAGGUCCCAGAACUAGGCUUCCUAGCUCCAAAGCUACUGAUCGGCACACCCGCCUCUCCAGGAAUGGAUUUCUGCGGCCGGGUAGUGGCAACAGGACCUGACGCAACGGAUUUGUCGCCAGAGCAGCUAGUUUACGGGAAUCUAGGCAAGCCCUGCCAAUUCGGGUCCCUAGCCGAGCUUAUCGUCGCACCGGCAAGCUUCCUAGUUCAUUUGCCGGAAGGCGUGGAGGUUGAUCACGCCGCUACGCUCGGUGUCACUGGGCAAACGGCGUAUCAAUCGUUGAAAGGGUAUGUCAGUGCGGGUGAUAAGGUGUUUCUUAAUGGCGGUUCGGGUGGAUGUGGAAUCUUCGCUAUUCAAAUUGCGAAGGUGAUGGGGUGCCAUGUUACGACUACGUGUUCGACGAAGAAUGUUGAGUUCUGUCGUGGGCUUGGUGCUGAUGAGGUUAUUGAUUAUACCGUCGAGGAGGAUCUUGUUGCGGCUCUUGGUGAGAGGGGUGUUGUCUUUGAUCAUAUUGUUGAUCAUAUUGGGUACCCUGCCGCGUUCUAUCGCCAGUCUGAUCGGUUCUUAGCUCCUGGGAAGACCUUUGUGCAGGUUGGAGCUCCGGGUGUGGGCACUUUUGUGGAACGCAUGCUUUUGCCGGGUUUCCUCGGCGGUGGAAAGAGGAGGUAUGUUAUUUUUGUCACUAAGAAUAACAAGGAGGAUCUUGCUCAGCUUGGAGAGUGGGUUCAAAAGGGGGAUGUCAAGGUUCAGCUGGAUACUGCUUAUGAGCUUGAGGGUGUUGUUGAGGCUGUCAGGCAGCUGAAGUCUGGCCGGGCUAGGGGCAAGAUUAUUGUUCACGUUGCUAAGCCUUGA